UGCCUGUGGGUCAUAUUUACAGUUUUCCUCAUGGAGAUACAUGUGUAGUCCAAAGUAUUACAGCUGUUAUGUGGUUAAAGUAAGCAAGAGGUAUCUUUUCGUCUUUAGUUUGUUUCAAACCCUCCGUAAUUAAUAACGUAAGCUAAGCGGCUGUAGGUACAUUCUGAAAGAAAGGUAACAGCCGGUUGAGUUAACGUCUACAAACCUCUUAAUUUGUCGAGAUGAAGGAAAAAUUGAGGCAGAGCAGCAAAAAGAAGAAGGGUAAUCUUGUGUUACAAAGGUACAUGGUGGCUGUGGGUGAGUUUAUUAAAAGCAAAAGUGUCAAAGAAGAAGAAGAAGAGGAGGAACAUGACCAUGGCUUGAGAUUUGUAAAAAAGAAAAGCCGAAAGGAGCUGCGCAAGGAAAAGAGAAAAAUGAAAAAAGCCCAGAUGAAAAAUUAUUAUGAGGGUAACAAGACACCCCUCGAUGUUGUUGAAAACUCGGAAAUACUCGCCGAUGAGCAGCAGAAGAAGAAGCUGAAGCAGAAACAAAAGAAAAUGGAAAAAAAAGAGAAGUUAAAAACACAGUCCAGAAGUGAUACUCCGGAGAAAUCAGCCGGCUCUAAAACACCACCAUCUUCCAAGAAAGUCAAGAAAAGCAACACGCUUCAAGAAUCGAGAAAAAUGGCACUUCUGGAGGCAAAUGAAGAGGAGGACAAAGAAAUAAAGAAAAUGGAGCGAUUACUUGGAUUAAACAAGAGAAGAAACAAAAAGACUCUCCCUCAAUCCUUUGUGGCUGAUGGACUGGAUUACAUCCUGGGCGUGCUGGACUCGGGCUCAUCGGCUGUGGGCUUGUAUGAUGAUGAUGAUGAAGACAUGGACAAGGCCAAGGCUAACUUCGAAAAACUGGAAGAGAACAACUCUCAGCUGUCAGAUGAGGGCAAAGAAUCUGGAGAUGAGAUGGCGAGUGACGGUAGUGAUGAAGAUAUGGCUUCGUUUGACGAUGAAAAUGAUGAUGAAAUGGUUGAGACAAAGGAAAUAGAGGAUGAGCUAGAAGAGAGUGAUGCAGCUGACUCAGAAAAUGAAAAUGAUGGUGAAACGAAGGAAGAAGCAGAAACUCAGAAGACAACAUCGGCUGGCUUAUAUUCAGAAACCGUCAACUGUGCAUCAGGUAAAUACGUGCCGCCUCAAUUAAGAGGCGCUGGAGAUGAAAAACGCAAAGCUGAGCUCGAAAAACUGAAGAGGACCGUGAAAGGCCUGCUGAACAGGCUGACUGAGCCCAACAUGGCGCCCAUCAGUGGUCAGCUGGAGGAGCUGUACAUGAGCUGCAGCAGGAAGGACAUGAAUGACACCCUAACAGAGGUGCUGCUAGCGGCCUGCGUCACCCCGUCCCUGAUGCCUGACAGACUCCUGAUGGAGCACAUCCUGCUUGUGAGCAUCCUCCACCACGCCGUCGGGAUAGAGGUCGGUGCCAAUUUUCUGGAGACGGUCGUGCGGAAGUUUCACGAGGUGUACAAGAACCCAACAGAAGGCAAAGAAUGCGACAACCUGGUCUCCAUUGUCGGUCACCUCUAUAACUUCCAGGUGGUGCAUUCCGGCCUCAUCUUUGACAUCCUCAAGCUUUUCGUUGGAGCCUUUACAGAGAAGGACAUUGAACUAGUUCUGUUGCUGCUGAGGAAUGUCGGCUUCGCCCUGAGGAAGGACGACGCUCUGGCUCUCAAGGAGCUCAUCACCGAGGGCCAACGCAAGGCCUGCGACGUCGGGUCGAAGUUUGAGGAUCAGACCAGGGUGCGUUUCAUGCUGGAAACCAUGAUGGCUUUGAAGAACAAUGACAUGCGGAAGAUCCCCGGCUACGAUCCUGAGCCUGUGGAGAAGCUGAGGAAGCUGCAGAGGACUGUGAUCCAGCGGCGUGCAGGAGGCACUGACAUGAAACUGAGGGUGUCUCUGGACAACCUCCUGGCAGCAGAGCAGGUGGGCCGCUGGUGGAUCGUCGGCUCCUCGUGGAGGGGAGCGCCCAUGAUCGGCGAGCAAGGGAACGCGACGUCCAAACCGAGUACUGCAGGAGGACAGUUCAGUGCCAACGUCUUAGAACUGGCGAGGAAACAGAGGAUGAACACCGAGGUCAGGAAAAACAUCUUCUGUGUGAUAAUGACCAGCGAAGAUUACAUGGAUGCAUUCGAGAAACUGCUCAGGAUGGGCCUGAAGGACAAGCAGGAGAGGGAGAUCGUUCAUGUUCUGAUGGACUGCUGCCUGCAGGAGAAAACCUUCAACGCCUAUUACGCCGUACUGGGAGAGAAGUUCUGCUCCCAUGAUCGCCGCUUUCAGAUGACGUUCCAGUUCUGCCUAUGGGACAAGUUCAGGGAGAUGUCCAACCUUCCCAGCGGCACCUUUAACAACUUGAUUCAGCUCGUAACCCUCUUCCUUCAGAAGAAGUGCCUUUCACUCUCCAUACUCAAAGUAAUAGAGUUUGGAGAGCUCGAUACGCCCACAGUACGCUUCCUGCGCCAGGUGCUCACCAAACUGCUGAAAGACAUGGAGCCCGAAGACCUCGCCAGUAUAUUUGGAAGGAUUUCAGGAAUUCCCCAGCUCGGAAUGCUGCGGGAGGGCUUGAAGCUUUUCAUCAGCCACUUUCUGCUGAAGAAUGCCCGGUCACAGGGACCAGCUGAGCAAGCAGCGACGCUGUCAGAGCGCGCUCAGGUCGCCACCAAAGCCAUGGAGGCCAAAGAGGCCAAGCUCAAACUGUAAAACACUGACACACACACACACACACACACACACACACACCAGACACACGUACGUGACCCAACUAUAGAACAGAAAAAGACUUUGUCCCUGAACACAAACCGACAGCUUUCUUCAAAGAAGAAUAAAUCAGUUUUUUUAUAUUAAAUUAAUGUUUUUGCGAUGGGGAGUCCUUGUACAUUAUUGUUACCAUGACAAUUUUUUAAAUCUGGAAGAUACACUCAUCCAAUAUCGGACUAUCUAGAUUGUUAUAAUGCAGCGUGUGCAGCUCAGCUUCAUUAUUCGGUGAUGAAUAACUACAGAUUUUGCUUUAUAACGAUGUGAAAGCGAUACCGUGGGGUUUCUUAUGUAUUUCACUUCCUAAAUCUAUAAUGGUGCUUAUAAAUUUAGCGUGUCACAAUUUUUAAAAGUGACGGUCGUAAAAGUCUCAAUAAUCACUGACAUUUUGACUCGUGCUUUGACUCUUUUUGUAAAGGGAAAUAAAUUAUUUCCUCGAACGGCCCUCGUUGCUUCUUCUUACCUCCAUGUUCUUUAUCGCCGACCUCCCCCCGGAAGGCACAGCCGAGUUAAUAUCGUUGGGUUCGUACACCUGGAGCUAUUCUUCUUGGCUUUGUCUAUUUACUCUUACACAAAAUAAAGCAUGUAAUAUUUAAGUCUUUCUCAGCCUUAAAUGCAACUGAUUAGUGAAUAUGUGUAUGUUUUUAUUCUUUUCUGUUGAUAUUUCCACUUGGCUUGUGACAGACUGGAGCUGUGAGAAUGGGGAGCGACGGAGUUGUUGGUUCUGUGUUUACACACCCGGAUGAAAUGACCCCGGGGCCUUAAGUCUAGCCUCCUGUGUUUGCUGGCUGACACCAGUAUCUGCCCUCGUGGUUAGCAUAGCAGAGUCAUUAUGUUACAUUUGAUACUUGCUCCUAUUAAUUAGCUCCAUUGGUGCGGCCUGUAUCAAUCUGAGGCUGCAGUGUGGCCUGAGGUCAGGAAUGGGCCAUCAAGGUCAACCAGAGGAAAUGUCCUUCACUGGUCCACAAAGCCCAACCCCAUGUUGAAGGGGAAGAUGUUUUAAUUGCAUGUAAUAUUUAAGACGCCCUGUUUGAUGACAAAAAGGACAAAUACGCUUUGGUCUUGAGUCGCGGGGAUGUGUAUGUUUGAGAAAAGAUGGGAGACAACGAGGAGAAAAACUUGAGAAUCUGUCAGUUAGAAGGUGGAGCUGGUGGGAUCAACAGGCUCACUGUGCGCUCCUUACACCGGCCAUUGUCUGCCGCCGUGAGCCAGCGAGUUGCCAUCAGCGUUGCCUGCUGUUUGGGUUUGACCCUCAGCUGAACUUUGAUUUAUUCAGCUAAAGCAAACAGCUGAAGAUAACCAACAAAUCACUCAGUAAUCCUGUUGCAAAUGGCACAUAAUCAGCCAACCCUGCUGUAGUUUACCGCUAAUGACUGCGGGAACAUAGGACCACACUGUGUUUUCUGUAAAGUAAACAAUGUACAGAUGAGUUAUUAAACCGGCCCUAUCGCCCGGGCACAUUGGUGAGCAAACAAUACUAAAAUAAGAGACUAUAGCUGAAAGAUAAUCAACUUAUAUAUGUACUUAUUAGUUAAUAACACACCCUAAAUACAUUAUUGUUUGGAUAUGAAAAGUAGGCUAAUGGGAUGUUUUGUUUACAUUUGAGGAAGUCCACUCUUAUUUUUCUUGAGCCCAUGUAUAUGUGCCAUGUCUGUAAUUCCUCAUUGUUGCAUCUCUGGUGUUUUAAUUCAAAGUAAAAACAGUCUGUCUAUGCAGUCUAUGGCACAAGUAAAGGAUCAAAUGUUGUUUGAUUCUGAUUUUUUUAUUUCAUUAAAACACAUUUAAAAUA